CCAUCAGCAGAGAGAAGGCCAGGAUGCAUUGUGAUGCAAGCGUAGCCCUUCCGAGUCACAAUGCCUCUGAGCCGCUGCCUCCCUCUGGGCUCCGUCCCAGCCUGCCCUUUGCAAUAGGCGCUUCAACCUGCCCAGUAGACUCUUAGGGAGCACUCCUCCGCCUUUGAUAGGAUGGGUAGCGGCUGUCCUCUUGCCCUUUGCCUUGGGAGCAGUGAAAUGUAUUGGGCUGGACUGGACUGGAGUCCGUUUAGAGUGCCUGGGGCGAACUUUUCUCCACACCAGGAAAAGGCCUCCCCUGCGCAAUUUCUGUGUCAGGUUUCAGUUGAAGGUACAAGACAGGUCUGGGGCUCGGACAUGAGCUCCCAAGAGACCCCACAAGCUCGGAGAUUUCCAAUAGAGGCAGGAGAUUCUCCCAGCCUGGCGACUGCCCCCGAAACACAGGAGCCAGUUGCCCCUGAGCGCACUGCAACAAGGCAGCUGCGAAGAUGUCCAGGGUGCCACUGCCUGACCCUGCCCAACGUCCCCAUUGACGUCUACAUUGCCAUGGGUGGGAGCCACAGGCCACGAACCACCUGAAGGCUCCCCUAGGUCGGGCUCGAGUGCUGAGGCCACAGCGGCUGUCCCAGGAAACACACUGACAGCCGGACAACAGCAAAGCAAGCCACACAGAACAGUGACGCACAUUUUAAUAAAAGGACACCUUAAAAUGUU